ACAGUUGAUACACGCACGUAGACUCAGUCCUGCGAGGUAUAUAAAUAGGACAUGUUUAGCUGUAAUUAAUUUAAAAACAUCUCGCGUGGAAGAGAUGAACAACCAAGAGUACUUAAUAAGCAAAUUAGUUACUUAAAGACAUAAUCCACGAUGAUUGAAGGGUACGGGGCAGUGACCCAGGCCCUUCUGGGGACUCUCUUAACGUGGGGACUUACAGCAGCCGGCGCUUCUUUAGUAUUUUUUGUACGAGGAAAACAGAGAAAACUUCUUGAUGUUUCACUUGGUUUUGCCGCUGGUGUCAUGACUGCGGCAUCAUACUGGUCACUCUUAGACCCAGCAAUAACCCUUUGUGAGAAGCAAGGAAUAUAUGGCAAAUAUGCUUUCCUGCCUGUUGCUGCGGGAUUCCUUCUUGGAGCUGUAUUUGUAUUUGGAACAGAUGUAUUCUUAGACUAUUUGGGACUCAACUCAACCAACAUGAUGAUGUCCAUAACAAAAAGUAAAGAAGGAAAAGAGAAAAUAGAAGACUUGGAAAUGAUGGCUGCGCUGAACCGGCCUUCGGGGCCCACGAGCGUGGUCACGUUAGACCCGGUGCAGCCCACCGACUUCGCGGACUGCAUCAACAGCCAGCACUCGGCGCAGCGCCGGCGGCACCACCACUCACAGCACUCGCUCUCGAAACCCACAGAGAACGGCGAGGGCGACCGCCGCGACAGUCUCCAGCGAUCGCUGGAAGCGCGACAGUCGCAGUGGAAACGCAUCAUGUUACUGGUGGUCGCCAUCACCGUCCACAACAUUCCCGAGGGGCUCGCCGUCGGUGUGUCUUUCGGCGCGGCGGCGGCCAGCGAUGACGUCGCUAACUCCUUCCAUGUCGCCAGGACACUAGCCCUGGGCAUCGGCAUCCAGAACUUUCCAGAAGGCUUGGCGGUUAGUUUGCCGCUGCAAGCCGCAGGAUUCUCCACUUGGAGGGCGUUUUGGUAUGGCCAGUUGUCCGGCAUGGUGGAGCCAGUGUUCGGCGUGCUUGGUGCGGUGGCGGUGGCGGCGGCGGAACCCGCGCUGCCCUACGCGCUGGCCUUCGCCGCGGGCGCGAUGAUAUACGUCGUCGCCGACGACAUCAUCCCCGAAGCCAAUGCCUCAGGCAACGGCAAGCUGGCAACGUGGGGCUGCAUCGCCGGCUUCAUGGUGAUGAUGUGCCUGGACGUGGGGCUCGGCUAACGGCCCGCGGCCUCCCUUCGUGUCUUCUCACCGCGACCACGGCUCCCAGAUAACGAUAACUUUAGAGCGCAAGACAAACUGAAAACACAGAGUAGAAACAUACAACCUGGGCUAUGGACUAAAAGUAUGGGAAGAAGACUAAUAUGAAAUUUGUGGAAUAUUUAAUGUUGGUGAUACACAGAAAUGGCAUACGGUUAUUUCUUGUUUAGUCUAUCUUGCGCUUUAUAAUAGCAACUGCAGAUGCCCUUGGGCCCCAAUAUUUGUGCAUCCAAUAAAUUUGGCAUAUGAGUUGGUUUAUAUAUAUCACCGGGCCUUGCAUUGUUAAAAGAUUAGUUCAAUGUUAGUGAUAUUUGUUCUGUGGUAUUUAAGUAUAUCUUUGCUCAUUUUCUUACAAAAAAUUUACUAUAGUUGUCGGUCGGUUAUGUUCUCACUUUCGUAACUACUUUUUCAUGAUGGUGAUGAUGUUGAUGAAAUAUGCACAUAGUAUCGUUUUAUUGAAUAUAAAUAUCUUGCGGUAGGUAUAGUUCAGAAGGUUAUUUACUUUCCGAAAGUAUAUUACUUAAAGUAUUUAAAGUUGCCAUAGUCAAUGGAUGGAAUGUGGAUGUAAUGUUUUUCGGUUAACGAAAUACACAAGUAAAUGUUAUAAUACGACAUUCCUUGUAAAUAUGUACGAUAAAAUAAUGUUAACUAAUUAAGGUACUGCCAACAAUUGAUACCAAUUAAUAAAUGUAAAUUUAAGAAUGCCUUUA